GCAAGGAAGUAGAACUUCGUCAGAAUUCGUCCAUUUUCUUUUCCCAGCACCGGCCAAAAGAGGCACAUGUGCUUUGUUACUUUUGUGUAUUCAUUUGGUAGUUGAAAGAAAAAUAACAUUCACAGUAAACCAUAAAUUCCAGUUCUCAACGGUCUCAAGUGUGUUGUGAACGGUUCAAGUGACAUAAAGAUAAAAUGAACACCGAAAAACUAAAAAAAUUACAAUCACAAGUAAGGAUUGGCGGCAAGGGUACCCCACGUCGUAAGAAGAAGGUUGUCCACUCGACCCAAGCAACUGACGAUAAGAAACUGCAAUCUUCCUUGAAAAAAUUAUCAGUAAAUACAAUCCCAGGUAUUGAAGAAGUGAAUAUGAUUAAAGAGGAUGGAUCUGUGAUCCAUUUCAACAACCCCAAAACACAAGCUUCUUUAGCAGCCAAUACAUUCGCCAUCACUGGCCAUGGUGAAAACAAACAAAUCACAGACAUGCUGCCAGGCAUCCUGAACCAACUAGGCCAAGAAGGUAUCACUCAGCUGAAACGGUUAGCAAGUUCAGUAGCUAAUGCAGGUGUGGGCAAAAUAGUUCCUGAGGAUGAAGAGGAUGUGCCUGAUCUAGUUGAGAAUUUCGAUGAGGCUUCAAAAGCAGAGGUUGCCAAGAAGGAAGAAGAAGAGAAACCAAAAGAAAACUGAGAAUACUGAGAAAAGCUUUACUGUUAGGUGUUGAGGUUUUACGUUCAGAGAACAUACUUUCAUAUAUUUAUGAGUUGACUAAUUCACCAAAACGUUUUUUUGUUGAAAAUUAGGCAUUAUGUAUAGAAUAUUUCCUAGGAAAUAUAUAAAUAUUCUAAUAUGGUUGGUAUUUCAUUAAGUUUUUUUUGUUCAAUCCUCACUAUUCUUUAUGCCUGAAAUGAUAUGUAACUGCAUAGGAGUGCUGAAAAAAAUUUGGUGUCUUAGACAGAACAUGGACAGAACCACUAUUUGAAAUAAAAAGUGUUCAAAGUGUAUGCUCA